UGGAGACAAUAUAAACCAGGUCAGAACCCUCGGGUCUGCCUGCUCAGUUCAUCCCAAGAAACCGCUGCUCCAGGACUGGAAGAAGCCUUAGACCCCAGACAGAAAAACCGAGGCCCAGAGAGGGACAGGAAUCUACCCCAAGUCACACAACGUGUUAGUGGCAGGAACCAGGCCAGAACCCGGGUGCCUUGAUUCCUGGUCUGGACAGAGGUGCCAUGCAGUCCCGGGUCCUUCUCGUCACUGCCCUCCUGGUGCUCCUGGCCUCUGCCCGAGCUACAGAGGGGGAGGACCCUUCCCUUCUGGGCCUUAUGCACGGUUACGUCCAGCAUGCCACCAAGACCGCCCAGGACACGCUGACCACCGUGCGGGAGUUCCCGGUGGCCCAGCAGGCCAGGGACUGGGUGACCGGUCGCUUCACCUCCCUGAAAGACUACUGGAGCACGCUUACAGGCAAGUUCUCCGGGUUCUGGGAUUCGACCUUUGCCGUCACACCGACGCCAGCCUCUGAAGCCAAGUGAGACCUUGACGCACCACGUCUUCCUGCCCAUCCAGCCCGCUGGCUCCUUGGGCCAUCCCAAAAGUCGCUUGAAAGUGACGGCAUUCUCACCUUCCGCCCCACCCCAGACCUGGCCCACCCCCAAGCCUCCUGCCCUGCCAAUAAAACGGGAUGAGAAGCUGCCGCGA